AUCUCCCAGCUCUACACGACCUUUUUUUGCAAAGUUAUAGAAUUUACAAGAAAAGCCCUGAAUAUUCAUUGUCAGCUCAAAGCUACAAAAAUAAGAAGAAAUUAAUUUAGGGCUUUUCUUAUAAAUUCUAUAACUUUGCAGAGAAAGGUCGUGUAGAGCUGGGAGGUCUCUCAUUUUAACCAGAAAUUUGCGUGCUACAAUCAUGUCUCAUUAAGAAAGGUUUUGGUUACUUUUUAGAGUUUUUGAAAAACUGGUUUUCCAGAAAACAGCUCUAUGUAGGGCCCUGGGCAAUUAUCAGUAUGAUAUUCGGAUUCAGUAUAGUUGAUGACCUGUAGCCCACUAGGUUUGGCUGAAAAAGCGAGGUGACUGUUCGCGAGGUCCUCUCGUAAGAACUAAUAUAGAAUUUGUGUAUAUUUUCACGCAGAGCUGCGUUUAAUAUUUUGUACUGUAAAUAGAGAUAUAACAAAACUUCCUAAACAAGUAUGUAUGCGGCUGCUAUUUUUGUUGUUAAAUUUAUGUAAGCUUUUAUUCCUUGAUUCGGUUGAGCAAUCUAAGAAACAUGCAGCACAAUUUAUGCUUGUGAGCUAUAAUCUACUUUUUCUCAUUUAAUAAAUGCUAUAUAUCAAUGAACAUAGGUUUUGUUUCAGCAGUAAAAAAGCCUCAACAACAAUAUCCGAAUCAUAUACUUCAUCCCGAAGUAAUUCCAUCGUUUAAAGACGUUCCACUUGAAUUAAUCAGACGGCGAAAUGUUCGAGCAACAGAUCUCGAAAGUCCAUUUGAUAGUGAAAUGCCACUCGAAAUUGCCAGUUCAUUGCAAGAAGAAGUGGAAAGAGCUGUACAAAGCAGAGCUGCUCAAGAUUUCAUGACAUCUACACAAGGUUUAGAAACUAAUUUUACAAAUGUUCUUGAUAGUCGAGUUGGAACGCCCGAAUAUUCUUUAAAACCAAAUCCACGAAUUGAACAUCAACAACACCCACAAAAAACAAUAUUGGAAUCACGUGAAGCCUUUCAACGUAUUAAGAUAGCUGGAGAUUUUCAUGAUAUGUCUCAUAUCGAAGAUUUAGGGGAUUCUGUUGGCCCGUUACUUCGUGCACUUGUAAUACGUGAAAAAUAUAUGAUAUUUAGUAUACAAUCGUUUCCGGCAACUGUUGCUAAAUUUUUAACAAAAACACUGGAAAAUGAAGAUAAAUCACGACGUGCAUCCACCGCUGUUGCUAAAUUGAAUACCGAUCAUCCCUAUCAUCCACCAAAUAUUAAACGAGAAGAUGCAUUUAAUAUUCCAAUAUUGGAGCCGAUCGAUGUUUAUGUUAAACCAGAAUUGGGAAUUUAUCGUGCCUAUGUCCUUGAUGAUCAAAAACAAUGGGUCGAUGCUGAUUAUCCUGCUAUUGAUCGUGAACAGUUUAUUGAAGACUAUACCCUUCUAUCAGCAAUCAUCAUGGAUGGACCACUAAAAUCAUUUUGUUAUCGUCGUCUACAAUAUUUAAAAGCAAAAUAUGAAUUACAUGGACUACUAAAUGAAGUUAAAGAAUGGGCUGCCAUCAAAUCGACACCACAUCGUGAUUUUUAUAAUGUCCGAAAAGUUGAUACUCAUGUUCAUGCUGCAUCAUCAAUGAAUCAAAAACAUUUACUGCGUUUUAUGAAGAAAAAAAUGAAAAAAUCACCAGAUAUGCCUGUGUAUAAAACAAAAGACGGACGAAUAAUGACUCUCAAGCAAGUAUUUGAUGAAUUACAUAUAACAGCUUAUGAUUUGAGUGUCGAUAUGCUUGGUGUACAUGCGGAUCGUAAUACGUUUCAACGGUUUGAUCGAUUCAAUGCUAAAUAUAAUCCACUUGGACAAAGUACACUUCGAGAUAUUUUUAUUAAAACGGAUAAUUAUAUAAAUGGUGUAUUUUUUGCUGAUUUAUUAAAGGAAGUCAUAUCUGAUUUGGAAGAUAGUAAAUAUCAACAUGCAGAACUACGUUUAUCCAUUUAUGGUAAAAGUAUGGAUGAAUGGGAUAAAUUAGCUAAAUGGGUUAUUAAAAAUACAAUGUAUUCAGCUAAUGUUGGUUGGAUGGUACAAAUUCCACGUUUAUAUGAUGUAUAUCAUGCAAAUGGUAUAACAAAAAAUUUUCAAGAAUUUUUAACAAAUCUAUUUGAACCACUGUUUGCCGCGACUAUUAAUCCGGCAGCUCAUCCAGAUUUGUUUAAAUUUAUGCAUCAUUUAACCGGAUUAGAUUCAGUUGAUGAUGAAACAAAACCGGAACGUCCUAUUCUCACGUCAGAUAUGCCUUAUCCGGCUGAUUGGUCACAGAACGAUAAUCCAUCACGUGGAUUAAAUACAUUUCAAUUUCGACCACAUUGUGGUGAGGCUGGUGCAGUAACACAUCUUGUUGCCGCUUAUAUGUGUGCAGAAAAUAUUUCACAUGGAUUACUUCUUCGAAAAUCACCGGUGUUGCAAUAUUUAUUUUAUCUAUGUCAGAUUGGUAUUGCAAUGUCGCCAUUAAGUAAUAAUUCAUUAUUUAUCAAUUAUAAUCGCAAUCCAAUGUUAGAAUACUUUGAACGCGGUUUAUGUGUUUCACUCUCAACUGAUGAUCCAAUGCAAUUUCAUUUCACUAAAGAACCAUUGAUGGAAGAAUAUAGUAUUGCUGCACAAGUAUGGAAAUUAUCAUCGGUUGAUAUGUGUGAAUUGGCCAGAAAUUCGGUUUUGAUGAGUGGUUUUUCGAAUGAAGUAAAACAGUAUUGGUUGGGAUUGCGUUAUAUGGAUCCCGGUGUUGCAGGUAAUGAUAUUCGACGAACGAAUGUACCAAAUAUUCGUAUUGCCUAUCGUUACGAGGCAUUAUGCGAAGAACUACGUUUACUUGGAAUAGCGUAUAAAGAUCGACAAGAGGAGCUACUCAAAAACGUAGAUUGUGGCCAUACACAAUCAUCGCAAAGUCCUUCAGAUCGUCGUAAGUUGGAAGAAUGUCUUUUGAUUUUCUGUCAUCCGUGA